AUGGCGUGGGGUUCCCUCCUCGUACUGCUCACGGCGCUCACGGCCACGGGGGCAGCCUCCCCCCCUGCAGGCUCCCCGGGCACCCCGGCAGGCCCAGGCCUCCCCGCCGCGGAGCUGCACGGUCCCCUCAGCCUGCCCGCCUGUCUCCCCGCCUGCACGGGUCCCUCCACGCAGACCCUCCGCGCCGGGACCUCCUUCUCGUACGCCUUCCGCUCCGAGGGGGAGACGCUGCUGGCGGCGGGGGCAGCGGCGCGCGGCGAGGGCAGCGGCGGCUUCCGCCUUGAGGGCAGCGCGCGCGUGCACGUGCUCAGCCGGUGCCACCUGGUGUUGCAGUUGCGCGACACGAGGAUCUCGUCCCUCGAGGGUCGCCGGGCGGAGCCUCUGCCCGCCUCGGAUGAGCUCAGGGCCGAGCUGGAGGCGAACCCCCUUCACUUCUCCCUGCAAGGGGGGCUCAUCCCGCGGCUGUGCCCAGCCGUGGGAGAGGAGAUUUGGGCCCUGAACGUGAAGCGGGGACUCCUGAGCGCCGUGCAGAACUCCCUCCCUGUGGCCCACGGCUUCCUACAGGACGCCCAAGGCUCCCUCCAGGAGGCCCACGGCUCCCUCCCUGGGGCCCACGGCUUCCUGCCGGAGACAGAGAACUCCCUCCCUGGGGCCCACGGCUCCCUCCAGGGGGCCCACGGCUCCCUCCCUGUGGCCCACGGCUUCCUGCCGGAGACCGAUGAUUCCCUCCCUGGGCCCCAUGGGAACGUGGACGUAGUCGAGGAGGACGUGCUGGGCCGAUGCAGCACCCAGUACCGCCGCGAUGCAGGAGGCGGGCUGCUCAAGAGCAAGGAUCUGCGCUCGUGCAAGCAUCGAGGCUUCUCCAGCUCCUCGCUGCUCCUCACGGCCCUGCCACACGACUCGAGCGGCGGGCCUCAGGAGGUCCUGCGGGGCCACGCGCGCUGCUCGCUCUCCUACCCGCCCGGGGCCCCGCUGCCGAACGCCACGUGUGAAGAGGAGCUGCUCUUCACGCCCUUUCAUCAGCAUCAGCAGCGCGCCCAGGGCGUGCGCACUCGCUCCCGCGUGGCCUUCUCGUUCGACCAGCACGGGCCCACGGAGGAGAGGCCCACCGCAGGCGAGGAGCGGGUGCCGCUCGUGCGUGCGACGACGCUGCUCAUGGAGAGGAGCCCCGGCGACGACGCCGCCGAGCGGGGAUCCAAGUCGGGGGCGCACGGCGCCCUGCGGGUGCUGUGCGCGCCCGACACGGACCCCCUGCAGGCGGCUGCGAUCUUCCCGGAGCUGGCGUUCUCCCUGCGCGGCCUGAGUGGCGAGGAGCUGCGGGCCCUGUGGGCAUUGGCGCGUCUCUCCUGCCGCGCGAACCCGCUGAAGGAGGCUCUGCCCGCGUGCGGCUCUGAGGCGUGCGUGGCGCUCAUGGCGUCGGAGCUGGGCUCGGUGAGCGCGGGCGUCGCCCAUGGCUGGCUGCGCUCCCUCGCGUUUGUGCCCGAGCCCACGGCCGCGAUGAUCGUCGCCGUCACGCCGCUGCUGAAGUCCGAGGCGGGGACAGCGACGUCUGCCGCCGGCUCCCGGGCCGCACUGCUCUCCGUGUCCGCGCUGCUGCACAACUUCUGCACGAAGGCGGCCGUGGGGUGCGGCGGGGAGAGCGCUGUGCGGGCCGCGGUUCACGCCAUCGCCCGCCGCCUGGAGCCCGACUGCUCGCCCCGGGGACGCGAGGCCCGGGAACAGGCGCUGCUGGCCCUCAAGGCGCUGGGCAAUGCGGGGCUAGCGGGGGGAGCGACGCUGGCGCCCGUGCUCGCUCGCUGUGCCCGGGCCCGCGGGCCCGGCUCCAGCCUGGAGCUGAGGCUCGCGGCUGUCGACGCGUUCCGGCGGAUCCCCUGCGAGGCCGACCGUGGGGCUCUGGUGGAGCUGUACCGAGACGAGCGCGACGAGGCGGAGGUGAGGAUCGCCGCGUACCUCCUCGCCAUGCACUGCCCCUCGCCCGACGUGCUGCUCACCGUGCGCCUCACCCAGCGCAAUGAGAGCUCCCAGCAGGUCGCCUCGUUUGUGUGGAGCCACCUGACGCAGCUGCUGGACUCGACCGACCCGGCGCAGACCGCGCUGCGUCGGCUCCUGGCGGACGCCGGCCUCCCCCCCCCGGGCCCGGACGCCGACCUCAGCCGCUGGCGCUACUCGCGCUACGCGGAGACGACGCUGCGCUCGGGCCCCGCUGCCCGGCCGCAGGCGGCGGCCAUCCUGCAGCGCUCGCUCGUCUUCUCCCCGGACUCAUUCGUGCCGCGGUCGCUGUCGCUGAACCUCACCGUGAACGCCAUGGGGCAGUCGCUCAACCUGCUGGAGCUGUCUGGGCGCGUGGAGAACGUGGAGCCCCUGCUGGAGCGUCUCCUCGGGGUGACGAAGCCUCGGGGGGCCGGGCGGCGUGGGCAGCCCCCCACCACCCCGUGGGGGUACUCGCCGAGGGGGUUCCUGCCCGGCCCCGGCCACGGCGCGACGCAGAGGCGAGCGCGGGCGGCGGCGGCGGGGGGGGCGACGGGGGGGGCGCAGUGCGACGCCGCAGUCGACGCGGAGCGCACGCGACGCCUGCACCGCCAGGUGUCGGGGCGACGCUCCCAGGAGCUGGCCUGCUCGCUGGCGCUGCGGCUGCUGGGCAGCGAAGUGGCCUUCACCGACUGCGCCGAGUGGUUGCGCAACCCCUCCUUGUCCACCUCCUCCUCGUCCACCUCCUCCUCCUCCUCGUUCGACGUGGUCGGCGCCGCGGUGCGGCUGCUCAAGGGGGAGCGCGUGGGCUGGAGCCACCACGCGCUGCUGGCGUCGGAGCGACUUUGGUUGCCCACGUCCAUCGGGCUGCCCCUAGGCCUGUCGCUCAACGCCACCUCUGCCGUGGACGUGUCGCUGCAGGGGGCCGUGGGGCCGCGCCACGGGCCCGGCCUCGACUUCAACGCCAAGAUCAAUCCCGUCGCGCUUGUGCAGGUGAGCGCCCGCGUCGGGCUGGUGGGGCGGCUGGGCUCGGCCGGUCUCGAGUGGGAGGGCGCCGCUCGCUCCGCGCUGCUGGCUCACGUCGGCGUGCGGAUCCGGGACGGGCGCAGCGUGCGGCUUCACCUGGACACGCCGGAGCACUCCGUGGACGUCUUCACGCUCAGCUCGAAGCUGUACGCGGUGCGUGGGGCGGAGCGGUUACCCAUGAAGAGGCUGGCGCGGCGCUCGGCCCCAACGACACCUCACUGCUCCAGCAACGCGCUGUCACAGCAGCUGGGCUGGCAGCUCUGCUCGGAGCUCUCCCUGCCGCUCCCGGGCCUGGGCUCCGCCGCGUUCCCGCUGCCCGGCCCGGCCCUCGCCUCCCUGUCGCUGCAGAAGACCGACCCGGGCCUCCGGCAGUACGUGCUGGAGGCCACGUACGACGUCGAGAGGCAGGGCGACCUGCCGUGCCCCAAGAAGGCCCUGCUGCACGUCGGCGUGGCGACGCCGGGCUCCCGGGUGAACCGCGACCUCGCUGCCACCGUGGAACUCCGCUGCCAGGAGAUGAGCGCCCGCGCCGAGAUCGUGCACCCUCACGGCUCCCUGCGAGUGCGCGGUGACGUGGACGACUUUGAGAAGAAGAAGCGCGCGGUGCUGCAGCUGACGGUGGACGACAAGGACGAGUACUUCGUCAAGGGCCUGUGGGAGGAGCGUCCGUCCGGCGCGGAGCGUCGUUUCCGCGCUCUCGUCGAGGCGAAGGUGUCUCCGUCGGGGCCGCCGGUCCUCGCCUCGGCCAACGGCACCUUCGAGCCGGGGCGCGCCGUCACGCUGCACAGCGCCGUCCAGAACCUGCUGAGCGACACGGCCACGCUGGCGGGUGAGAGACGUGAGCCUGCAGAAGGCCGCCGGGGGGCGGCCGGGCCGGCAGGCCGAAGGGGCCGGCCGCUACGCGGGGGAGAUCCAGCUGCUGGUGCCGCGAGUGGUCGGCGCGAAGGCCUCGGGCUCCGUGCAGGUGCGCGACCGCAACUGGGCGACGGCGCUGAGCCUGAAGUACGGCGUGCGCGGGGAGGCGGCGGCGCUGCCGCACGAGUGCGGCACGAGCCAGGCGCUCCGCCUGGGAGCGCAACCCGCGCUGGAGGCGACGCACCAGCUCGCCUGCUCCCAGUUCCCGGCGCUCGCUCACAAGCUGAGCGUGGACCACGGCCCCAGGGAGCGAGCGCGCGCUCGCGCCUGCAGGUCAGCUACGGCACCGAGUGGCAGCUGAAGUCCAACAAGAAGCGGCUGCUGCUGGAGCAGGACUUCAGCGACAAGUCCGACGGCGGCAGCAUCAAGUACUUGGUGAAGUGGAAGGCCGAGCUGCCGGCGCACAAGGUGGACGCGGAGGCGGCGCUGAGCCACGUGCACUCGCUGCGCGGGAGCUACUCACGCAACACCUCCGUUCGCGCCUCCAACAACGCGCGCCAGCUGCUUGCCGCGCAGCUGCUCUGGAAGGACGCGUCCAGCCCACAACUCUGGGCCUGGGACGGCUCCGUGGCGGUCGACUCGCCGUGGCUGCGCGCACGCGUCGAGCACGAGCUGCGUCAGCCCGAGCGCCGCUCGUUCGUUACGCGAUCCACGCUGGCGACGGACGGCGCCGGGCGCUCGGCCCGCUCGGCCCGUGCUCCGCCGGGCCCGCAGCACGUCCUGGAGGCCACGCUCAAGAACGCUGAGCAGCUCAAGGAGCUGCUCGUGCAGCUGUCGGGGCCCGAGGGCACUGUGCUGAAGGUGCUGUCGAGCUCGCGGGUGAGGCCGCAGCGCUCCUUCACGAGCCACAACGAGCUGCAGUGGCCGUACACGGGGCCACUGGCGGCUGACCUCCUGCUGGAGGAGAAGAAAGGGGGCAAGCGCGGCCGCCUGCACCUGCAGUACCCGGGCGGCGACGCCAACGUCACCGGCAGCUGGGACGAGGAGAAGCCGGUGCAGAACGUGACGCUGGGCUGCGCGUGGCGCGACAGGGGGGGCGCCGCCCGCGCCGUGCAGCUCGCGGCGUCGCUGGAGCGCGGGGAGGAGCGCGGGCGAGUGUCACUGCACGUGCGGCGCUGCUCGCUCGCAGCGCUCGCCCCCCACGACUGUCUGUCAGUGGCUACACUGUGGGGAAGGGGGGUAGGGGUAGGGUGGGUGAUCAUUGUCGUCUUCGUGCCAGGCACCCGUUCCGCGCCCCGCGAGACCUGCUGCUGCAGGCGUCGCUGUCGGCCGAGCGGCGAGCCCGGCGCUCCGCGGGGGGGGCGAGCGCGGCGCUACGCUGCCGAGGUGGCGGCCACGCUGGACAAGCGCGACACGGUGCUGGCGCGCGCCUCCGUCGGCACGGAGCUCGACAGCCCCGAGGCCUGCGUGAGUCUCAAGCAGCCGUACGACCUCCGUCUGUUGCCAAAGGCGGCCGAGCUCUGCCUCAAGGGCCAACGCGACGGCCCGUAUAAGUACUCGGGCAGCGGGAAGCUGAACCUGGGGGACACGGGGCAGGCCAAGCUGAGCGGGCGCUACCAGGGAACUUUCGCCAGCUGGAGGCACGAGCUGGAGCUCAGCGCCAGCCACUCCUUCAAGGUGAAGGUCCCUGGCGCUGCCGAGCUCAAGGCGGAGGUUUUCUCCGUGGACGGCAAGGGCCUGGACUUCAACUACGGCGCCGCGGGGAAGCUCACGCUGGACAAGAAGGACGUGAGCAAGGUGGAGGUGCACGCGAACGGCUCGUGGACCCAGCUGGCCGCCUGCGUGCAGCUCAGCCACCCCUACGGCUCGCUCCCCGCCCGCUCCUUGCAGGCCUGCGUGCAGGCGAAGCGUCAGGGCGAUGGGGUGAACGCCUUGGCGCUCGUGCGCUCCGACGGCAAGGAGCGCGGCUGGCUGGCGCUGGACGCGACCGGCCGGCGCAAGCAGGGCUGCGGGGAUGGGAGCGUCCGGGCCGAGAUGCGGCAGGCCUUCUUCGACGCGCUGCCCCGCGCCACCCACGCCCACCUCUCCGCGUCGUGCGAGCCCAACAAGAUGAAGGCGAGCGGGGGCGCCGGCGCGGACGGAUCGGACGCCGCCGUCGACCUGGCACUGUUGCUCGUCUCGGGGAACCCCUCGUCCACGCUGGCGCUGUCCGCCGAGCUGCGGCACGCCGUGCGGCGCUGGCGCUCGCUGCCGUCGCCCGCGAAGCUCCAGGCGUCGCUCACCAAGCGCAACGAGGAUCACGAGGGCAGCGCCAAGCUGGUGCUGGACAAGUCGUGGCUCGAGGUGGACUUCAAGAACGACAACACUUUCGGCAGAGCGGCCACGCUGCUGCAGCUGGAGGGUCGCCUGCGCCACGACGCCGGCCUGGCGCUGCCGCGCGCCGCUCAGCUGCGCGCGAAGCUGCAGGCCCAGGGCGCCGAGGUGGCGGCGCAGGCCUGCCUCAAGACGGACGACAAGUCCGCCUGCCUCGACCUCGCCCUCGACAACAAGCCCCAGCGCAAGGAGCUGAGCGGCAAGCUGCGGCACAGCGUCCCGUCGCUCGGCAGGGCCGGCGUCCCGGCAGACGGCCGCCUCCUCGUCACGCUAGACCACCCGGAGCGUGACCGCGUGCUCAGUGUGGACGUCCGCUACGACGGGAAGCGCGCCAACGCCAGCACGGGGCUGCGCGUGCUGCACGGCAGCGUGGAGUACCGGCUGCUGGCCUCGGCGCAGCACCAGGAGAAGAGGCUGGCGCAGCUCGGCAUGCCAGCCAGCGCGCAGGCCGUCGCCUUCCUCAAGAUGGACACGGGCCUGUACCGGCUGGGCCUGUCGGGCAACUGGGACAAGUCGAGCGUUUCCGCGCGGUUGAACGCCACGGGCGAGCGGCGCGGGCCCUUGCGCUCGGGCCAGCUGAGCGCCGACGUCCAGCACAACGUGGAGCUGCUGGCGCGUGCCAUGCCUCGCGCCGCCAAGGUGAGCUGCAAGGGGGAGCUGCAGGCCGGCGCAGCGUCGGGGCAGUGCGUGGGGCGCGUGGGCAACGCGCCCGUGCAGCUCAAGUGCAGUGAGAAGCACGGCGGGGGGCGGCUGAGCAUGCUGUGCAGCGGCGAGCAGCAGCUGCCGCUCCUGCGCGACCUGGGGGCGCCCGCCAAGGCUGCGGCGGAGUUGUUGGCGCGGAAGGUCGACGGUGGCGCGAGCGCUAGCGUCCUGGUGUCGUUCGACGGCCGCUCGCUCAAUGCCAGCAUCGAUGCGGCCGCGGGGGUGGCCGCGGCGGUGGCGCGGAAGGGCUCCCGCAGGAAUGCGCGCGCCGCCAAGGAGCCCGGCUACUCGCUCAGACUCAAGCUGAAGCACGACCUCAAGGUACCAGCGAGCUUCCCCCGUUCCGCUGACGUCACCGGCACCGCGCGGCUAGCGGGCGGCAAGCUCGACGCCAAGGUCGUCUCCAAGGUGGACUCCAAGCGCUUCUUCCUGCAGGCCAAGGGCGGCGGGGAUGCACGGGCGGCGGCUACGACGGGGAGCCUACGCGUCCGCAGCAAGCACAACUAUGAGGCGCUACAGAGACGCGGCGUGCCCCGUAACGGCGUGCUGACGCUCGCCGGCACAGUCGGGAAGGGCCGUUACGAGGGACGCGGCUUUGCCUCUCUGGACGGCCGCAAGGGCGCAGCAUCGCUCGCCGUCACCCUCGAGCCCGACAGGAAAGAAGCGAGGUUCAAAAGCGACCACGGCCUGCAGCUGCCGUGGCCCAAGAAGGCGGAGGUGCUGGCGCAGCUGGGAGCCGGCAGGCCGGAGCGAGGCGGCGGGGGGGGUUCACGAGGCCGGCGGCAGGCCGGGGGCCGGCGGUGCGGCCUGCUGAGCGUGCUGUACGACGACGACCGCGCACGGCUCGAGGGCUGCUACGACCGCCCGGAGGAGCACUCAGUGACAGCCAAGCUGGCGCACAACGUCGCCGCGCUCUCCGGUGCCGGCGUUCCCUCCGCGGCAUCGCUCAUGGCUGAGUACGCGGCUCCGGGCGGGGGACGGCACCGGGCCUCCAUCGACCUGACGGCUGACGACUGCGUGGCCUCGGGGAAGGGGGAGCUGCGCCUGGGAGAGAAGAUCCAAUGGGACUGGGCAUCGACGCAGCCGUGCCUGAAGGCCCGGGGGCUGCCCGGGAAGCUGCAGAUCAAGGGCUCGGUGCAGCCCACCAGCUGCAACAGCAAGGGCGACGCCCACCUCACGCUGGACGGGAAGGCGCUGGCACUGGAGGCCUCCGGCAAGUGUGCCGACGGCAGCUACGAGGUCCGAGGUCGGCUGAGCAACGGCAUCGAAGGCCUCGUGCGAGCGGGCGUGCCGCGCGACGCCGUCAUGGAAGCCUCGGGCAGCCGCAAGGGCGGGGAGCUGGCGGGCAAGGUGUCCAUGCGGAGUGGGACCGACGCGCUCACGGCCGAUGGGAAGCUCCGAGCACGCGCCGGGACGCUCGCUGCCGACGCCACCGCCACGCACGCAUGGAGGGCACUGAGCGACGCGGGUGCCCCGCGCCGCCUCGACAUCAAGCUCCAAUCCAAGCACGAGGGCUGCAAUGUGGACGCCGAAGCGCACGUGACGGCCGACGGGCAGAGAGCGGAUGGCGCCCUGAAGGCGGCGUGCGGGGGCAACCCCCGCUACUCGCUGGAUGCGCUGCUCUCCCACUCGAUGGCGGCGCUCGCCAAGCAGGGCGUGCCCGAGCGCAGCCGCGUCAAGGCCGAGCUGGCGACCUCGGGGCCUCAGGGCGCCGGCUCGGUGGAGGUGGCGGUGGGCGCUUGUCACCUCGGGGCCAAGGGUACAGUGAAGAUCGGCAAAUCUUCCACCUGGGACCUCAGCCUCAACAACAGCUGUAAGGCAGCCAAGGAUGUUGGAGUCCCUGGGAAGGUGGAGCUCAAGGGCUCGGCCGACCGUGCCGGCUGCCCCAUCAACCUCAAGUCCCUGCUGCGCUAUGACGACCGGCGCGCCGAGCUGGACCUCGACACGGCCUGUGGCUCCUACAGCCUGCUCGGCAAACUCAAGCACAACGUCCCACAGCUGAAGAGUGCCGGGCUGCCCGACGACAACAAGCUCAGCCUACGGGCUGACUGGAAGGACAGCUACCGCGGCUCGGCCGAGCUGAAAAGUGGGAAGUGCAACGUGAAGGUGGACGGGGAGCUCAAGCUGGAGAAGAAAAGCACGUGGACGCUGAUGGCAGACAACAAGUGCCCCCGGCUCUCGGUGACGUGGGUGCAGGGCACCCGGGCGUGA